UUAGACAUCUUUACCAUAAUCUGUCUGAAACACACUGUUACAUCACUGCAUUCCGAAUUUAAUUUUUCGAUACUUGAGCAUCUCCACUGCUUCUACUGUACCUUAUUAAAAGUAAUAAUUCAUCAAUAUGAGUGCCUGGAGACAAGCUGGUCUUAGCUACAUUAACUAUUCCAACAUCGCGGCUAAAGUCUUGCGUAGAUCAUUGAAACCAGAAUUUAGAUCAGAAGCAUUAAAAAGAGACGAAUCCCACGUCCGAAUUACACCAUGGGCAAAUGGAAGACCUGCCCACGAAAAGGAAUAAUGAGCCAGAGUAUCUCCAAAAGGCAGCAGCUAAGUAGAAGCAUACAAUGAUGGAAGUUUGGUUUAAAUAUACUUUAGUUUUAUUUAAAUAAAUUGUUGUUUCAAAGA